AUGGCUGAUAGAUUCCCUUCGCUGGAAGACUUCGAUUCAGGAGCCCAGACCGACAUUAAGGACACGGGUGCCUCACCUUCUGCCGAUGACUUCCUGGCUCGCGAGAAGGCCCUCCUCGGCGAGGAUGCCAAUCAGUUUGCUACCAGCGAUGACGCUGUCGCAUUCGGAACUGGCGAUGAUGACCUUCUUGGGGGCGGCAGCAGCAGCAAUAUCAUUGCAGAGGAGUCCACAUUUGAGUCGCAGUUCCCUGAUCUCGCCAACCAGAACGAGGUUUGUUCUCCGCUUCUGUUUGCCGUCGCUCCCGGAGCCAUCCCUGGCGGCGGAAUCACUGCUCCCAGUGUUAACUACAACUCCGGAUACGGCGCCUAUGUCGAGGAAGAGGAAGAGCCGGCAGUCAUUCGCGAAUGGCGCGAGCAGAGAGAUGCCCAGAUUGAGAAGCGCGCACAGCAGUUCGCCGCGCAGCGUGAGGAGACCAUCAAGGAGGCGAGAGAAAACAUUGACGAUUUCUACAACAAUUACAACGCCAAGAAGGAGAAGCAGAUCUCUCAGACACAGAAGGAGGCCGAACAGUUCAUUGCCAGCCGAGAGGACACCGUUUCUGGUGGCACGAGCUGGGAAAGAAUCGCAAAGUUGGUAGAUGUCAGCGGGAAGGGUGCUAAGGGCGGCGCCUCUGGCUCCGGCAAGGAGCGCUUCCGCGAAAUCCUGGUGAGCCUGAAGAAGGAUGAGAAGGCACCCGGAGCCAGCGGGUACUAG